AUGAUUAAGACCAUGAUUCAGCAUGCGAAGAAACAUCCAGGGUUAAUCCCUCAGUUUGUCUUCAUGAGUCUGGGCGUCACAGGGGCGACUUUCUACCUGAUCCGACUGGCAAAAGGGCCUCAUGUCACCCUCUGGGACAAAAAGAAUAACCCUGAGCCCUGGAACAAGCUCGACCCAACCUACCAGUACAAGUUUCUGGCCAUCAACACCGACUACAAGAACCUGAAGAAAGAGGGUCCUGACUUCUAAAGGUUCUCCAGGCAACUCCAGGGGCACCAAGUUUAGUAGGAUCCCCUGCUGUGAAACUUCUCCCUAACUUCUGUCAAACCUUACUCUGCUACAGUAACUCUGAUUGACUUAUAGCAUGUUUAAUGAUAUUAAAGACCACAUGAAACAAACAGGUGUCUUUUUGGAGUAUAAUUGGUGUCAUCUGUUUUAGAAAACACAAGGAAAAAUCAGAGAUGUUUGUGAUAUUGAGAAGUAAGCUUAAAACAGAAAGUGAAGCCUGGCUUUAAAGCUCCAAACAUGUUUUCUAGUCCGGAAGCGAUUGAGUAUGCUGUGGCAGCGACCCAGCUGACAAAGUGACAGGAGAUUGUUUUUUCCUGCUUCAUUGUAAUUCUUUACAUACCUACAUGAUUUCAUUACCAUUCUUGGGGUCAUGAUUCAAAAUGGAUUCUCAGUUCAGCAGAAAAGU